CAGUAGCCAUUUGGCAACAUCAGCUUUGGGGUUUCAUGAUGAGGCAGAUGAAGCAUUCACAUUUGGAAUAGACAGUAAUGGAAGCAAACACGACUUGGAUGAUGUUUGUUCACAGGACAGUGGUCUUGGUGGUGAGCAGGACAGGGAUUCCCCUAGUUUCAAAACUCCAAAAGGAAUGCCUCCAAAAAGGUCACGCAGUUUAACAUACAAACAUUACAAUGAAGACACCUGUUCUCCUUUGAAGUAUUCUCCUAUCAAGUCUUCAUCACUUCCCCGGCCAUCAUUUUCAGAAGCUUUGUUUAUUUCUCAGAUUCCAGAAAGUGAAGAUGAAUCAAUUGAAAGUCCAGUUUUGAAUGAUGGCUUUCGAGAACUUUUCAAGCUAGAUAAUUGGAAGAAUGAGGCUGAGGGGCAGGUGUCAUCUCUGAUUCAUGCUAAGCUACUGCACCAGCCUCACAGAGAUAAACUCAACGACCCUGAUCCUGAUGAUGUGGCAGAAAUCUCUAAGGAAGUCACUUUGGUGUUUAGCACUGACGCUGACACUCCCUCAGGUUGUUCAGCUAAUGGUCGCCGUAAACUACAGAGAUCUCAGUCUGUGGAUUGCAGACCGCGUCCUUCUUUCAAGCGGUGUGAUCCUCCAUCUGAGAACCCAGAUCCUGUUCUCAAUAAAAAAUGGAGAGGAGAAAAUGAAACUUCGACAGAUAAAUCAGACGACGUUGAGGAUGAUGUCUGUGACAUCAUGAUGCCGAAAGCUCGUCGCUUGCACAGAUGCCACUCUGAAACAGAGGCAAUGAUAAAGUGUGCCAUUUCUCGAAUGUACUCUGAACCUGACCUACUUGGAGACUGUUCCAAGACGUACUGUUUGCCUACCAUCAGUGGGAGACACCAGGAUCUCAAGUCGAUAUCCCCAGAGACAUUGAGCCGACUUUUGGCAGAUGAGUUUUGUGAAGUGGUUGAAGAGUUUCAUAUUAUUGAUUGUCGAUAUCCGUAUGAAUUUGAAGGAGGACACAUACAAAAUGCUGUGAAUGUCUACACCAGAGAUGGAGUGAUGAACAAGUAUAUCAGAUCCCCUCUGCGAGUGAAAGAUGCCAACAAGAGAAUGAUUCUUGUCUUUCACUGUGAAUUCUCCUCAGAAAGAGGGCCAGGAUUGUGCAGAUUUUUGCGCAGACAAGAUCGUGAAACAAAUAAGGAGUUCUAUCCUUUUCUUCUUUAUCCAGAGAUGUAUCUUUUAGAAGGUGGCUACAAACACUUUUUCGAACAUUAUUCACACUUGUGUGAGCCCAGACAAUACAAAACUAUGCUUGACAAAAAUCACAUGGAAGAUCUGCGCAAGUGUCGAGCUAAAUGCAAGUCCUGGGCAGACGACAAGAUAUCGUUCAGAACUGGUGUCAGAAACCUCAAGUUCUAA